AUGGUAAGAAACGUUUAUGUUUGCGUUAGAUAAAAAUUUUCCCACAAAAUUUUUUCUCACAGUUCCAAAGUCAAUUUCCUUAUCCAAUAACCAAAUCUUAUUUCAUUUACAUUAGGAAAAAAAUGACGAUAAUGUUGAUGAUUUUUGAUAUCGCGUAUGUAUUUAUAGUCGAUGUUUCUCCCUCUCCGAUCGUUAAUAGUUCCGUUUGCUUUUACAAAAUCACAGUCGUUAGUUGGCAGCAGCCUCAGCAGGUUCAUUAUAAUACAAGAUGGCAAGAAGUAUAGUGAGUGGUCGAAAUGUUCUUUUAGUAUUCAAUCUCGUAUUACUUUGUUUAUUCGCCGAUGCUGAAAAAUACAAAGAUAUUAUUCAAGAAUCAUCCGGUGGGUUACCAUUUUUACAAUUCACGAAUGACGGUGUACGUGUGAAUUUUGCUGGAUAUCAUGCCGAAGCUGGUCUGGGUGGUCUCCUGGGUAAUUCCAAAACCGGUGGUGGUCUUCACGCGAGUGCUGGGACACCGUUUGGUCCACAAGCAUCAGCUGGAUUAGGUGGACUCCUUAGCGGUGAUAAUGCUAACACGGGUGGUGGGUUGUUUGCCCAAGCUGGCCUUGGAAAUAAUCGACCAUCGGCAAGAGCAGGACUCGGGGGAAUCUUAGAUGGAAGUGGAAAAUCAAAUCAUGCUGCAGCCGGUGGUCUAUUCGCUGGUGCUGAUCUUGGAAAUAACCAACCAGGAGCCCAAGCUGGACUCGGGGGAGUCCUUGAUGGAAAUUCUAAUACACCGAAUGAUAAUAAUGUACCAAAUAUUACUCCUACGAGUCAUACGAACAUACAAAUUCUCUCUAAAUCGGCAACGAGGGGUCACAAAAAUCAAAGAGCGAUUGACACUAAAUCAAUUAUAACAAACGAAGCCGUUCCUGAAUCAAAAUACGAUGACGUCAAUGGUCAAAAUGCAGUCGAAAAUGUACAGAAUAUUCCAAUUGUUCAGCCAGGUAAUAAUGAUUUGGUAUCUGCGAAAGGUGUUGCCGAAGCUGAGGCUAAUGUAGAUGCUGCUAUUGCUAACAAUUAUUGGGCAUCGCAACAACAACCAUUUAUUAGUCGUUGGUACUUAAGAAAAAUACUUCGUGGUAAUCCAUUCAGAAAACAAAUGAUACAGACGAGUUCGGUAAUACCUGUUUCUGAAUCUGAACUUGACACUUCAUCGUCAACUGCAUUCGAUGCAGUUUCUGACAAAUCAUCUGAAGAAAAAAUCGGUUAUGCUGACAGUAACAUCAAUUAUGAUAGCUUCAAAAAAUACAAACCUGAAUUUGUCUACAAUGACGAUUUUAAUAUACCAAUUUCAACUUAAUUGGCGGUUAAUCAAUUACUCAGAAAUAAUACCGGUUAAGGAAAAACAGCAGCAUGAUAUCAUUAUUAUUAUUAAUAUUAUAUAUAUCAUUUUUUUUUUAAUUAUUACUUUUUUUUAUUGAUAUACUAUUACGAAUAAUUUUCGUAAAGCAAGAAUGAGACAUGUAUAUGGGUGUGCAUUCGUUUUUUUAUUUUUAUUAUUAUUAUUAUUAUUAUAAUCCGCAGUAUUCAUUCGUCGAUCGCUUUUUAUUCAAAACAAUGGAUCCAUUAAGUUAGAUUGCUUUCGUACGAAUUUUAUGAUCUAAUACGAUUAAUUUUAAUUUUUGUAUACAGUAUUCUUUAAUAUGUCCAUUUACAUAUAUAUAUAUAUAUAUAAUAACAAUUUUUCAACUAUCUUUACUAUUGUCGAAUGUUUUAAUUAUUCAUCGAAUUUUGUAAUUUCCUAGCAACACUCAAUAAAAGCAAUCGUUAAUGGUA